UGUCAGCACCAUUUCAGCCACAGCUCACCUCAAUGGAUGUGCCUUUACCCUAACCCGAAAGCCGUCGUUGCUCAGACAUAACCUGUAUUCAUUUUUCUUAAACUAAAAAAACCUUCUUGUUUCUUUGCUUUUUAAUAUUCUGACAUACAAACAAUGACAGAAGAGAACAAUAUGCCAGAGGGUGAUACAGCGGGUGAGAAUGGGGUGCCCGCCGGUGUCCCCGCAGAGGAGAAGCGGCCUGAGGAGGAGGAGAAGAAGAAGAACGGGGACAGCAAAGUGACCGUCCCGGAGCAAACCGCGGCUCCAGGAGCGGAGGAGGUUGACUUUGUGCACCCCGAGGGCGGCUGGGGGUGGAUAGUCAUGCUGGCUGCUAUGUGGUGUAAUGGCUCGGUGUUCGGGAUCCAGAACGCCUUCGGUAUACUCUUCCUCUCCCUCCUCCGGGAGUUCGGCUCCGAGGACGAUGAAGACCUCCGCUUCAGGACAGUCUCUAUAAAUGGAAAAAAAAAAAAGUGAUGUGGACCUUGCUACACAACAUUGUUCCAGCAACAGGUGGCGUUCGUGCACAGGAGUGAUGGGGGGAGGUGGACAGUGGGAGAGAGAGUUCUGAAUGACACAUUGGAACGUCCUGGACUCCAGGUACUGUGAAGAAGGAGAGAUGGCCGAGACACAGACAAAAUGGAAAAGAUCUGAAGAGCAUGAACAGAGAAGAAAGUUGGAUGGCCAGGCUGAGACGAAGGAGUUUCAACGCUGGAGAAACCUCAGAUAUUUGAAAUUUGGGAGGCGGGGCUUCUGAGAGAGUACUGAAGGGAGGGGGUGGAUUUGUUGGGCAGUUGAGAUCAAAUACCAACAAUCCUUCUGCAGAAUCACUUACUCUCCCUUUAUGGGGGGAUUUGUUUUUGGUGUUAGUGAGUGUGGUUGUUUAGUUACAGUAUGUUUUAAUUUAGCUUCAGUUUUAUAUUAUUAUAGAUUAUUUGUAGUUGUCAGAUUUAUUAAAGGCAUAAUAAAAAGCGCAACGUGGGUCCUUCAGUUUUCAUUGUUCAGGAGGUUUUUACUGGGAGCUGAAUUAACCACAGAGGUCUCCUCCUCUCCAAAUAAAACGGACCUAGUGAUUAAAACCAGUUGAAACACUGAAUAAAGCAGUUUCACGUUAAAAAUCAGUGUUUCUCUGGCACUAUUCAGCACACACAGGACACUGUGAGCCCUAGCUGUCGCUAACAUUUGCUCAGCUUAAAUAAAUAUUUAGUUAGUUUGUAUGCUAACUAAAGUGAUAAAAUAUGUAUUUUUUUAAAGAUUGUAUUAUUUUUUAUUUAUUUAUAUAAAGUCACCUUUUGCCUUCAGUUCAGUGACUUGGAUGAAUAAAUUAAUCUAAUGCUUCGAUGUGGCUUCUUUGUUCUGCAGAUACCAGCCAGCCAAA